AAAGCGGCGCUGGAAACAUCCCGGGCAGACGCUCACUUGUCCCAGGUAAAUUCCCGGGCUGAAUCUAACGCUCCCAGCACCUCAACUCCGCGUGUUUCUCUGCCCAGGCCCAGCGCACCUACAACGCGGCCCGCCCAGGUAUCGUUCACUCCGGCACCGGUGCACCACGGACCCUGGAUGCUGCAGCAGCGGAAGACACGAGCCAAGCCCCGGUCGAGGACGUCUCCCCCGCCACCACCACCGGCCUUCGAGAUCUCGACCGAGAACCGCUUCGCCCCUCUCCGCGAGACGGAACGUCAUACUGUGAUUCUUGGAGACUCCAUCGUCCGGCAUGUCCGCGCUACCGGAGACAAAGUAUUGGGUGACCUACGUUCCUGUGGUGGUGAACAUGACUGCGAGUUCUCCAGAAGAACAAAUGCUGGGAACUAAAUGAAGAGGAAUGAAUGAAAAGUGGUAUCCAAUCUGUGAUAUUAUUGGGGACCUGAUUAUGGUUCAGAACGAUCUAUAAAACAUAACUGACUACUAAAAUCAGAUUGUCAAAAUGUCCCUCCACUGCAGCAACAUCCAUCUACCAAGAGGAAGAGGAAAACGAUCGUUGUCUGAGAUCCUAACCAGGACAACAAGGACAUCACGGAGGAGAUCAUAUCAGAAGCUGGCAGGAGUCGGAAGCCCACUCUGCCAGUGGGAAAUGUCUUUUCCGUCCCUAUGCCUCUGCAGGAUAAGCCAGAGCUCGCUUUCCAGCAGUCUGACUUUGACCUUGAGCCAGUCUCAACCACAGUCGAGAAUUCCAGUGUGUCUCCUGUGAUUGUGGAGCAUCUGGCUUCAGCAGAAACACCAGCAGAUGAGAUCGAAGCGCAGGAAGCCGAGCCGCCGAAGAACGAACCCGAGCCCGGCUCUGAGGAUGAAAGCAACGAUGAGGUCCUUUCACCUGUCGAAGAGCCCAACAACACCACCAUGCACAAGCCAGAGAUGGAGAAUAAGAGGAUACAAUAUAGUAGAGACUUUCUUUUGAGCAUCCAGUUCAUGCCUGAUUGUAUGCAGAAGCCAGAGGGGCUUCCAUCCAUACCUGAUGUGGUGCUACACAAGUGUAACCAAAAUAAGUUGCCACCGGACCCACAGGGUCUCAGCUCCAGAGACUCAAAUAUCUCAAAUAUUCCAGCAGGAACUGGAAGCAGCUGUUUCAAUUUUUAGUUUUUAUGAUGAUUGACUGUGAGAGGCUUCAGGACGAGCUGGAGGAGGCAAAUAACAAAGCUCGCAGAAAAACCAGGGGUAACGUCAAGUUCAUCUGGGAGCUGUUUAAGUUGCGGAUGUUGACCGAGUCCAUCAUUCAUAACUGCGUGGUAAAACUGCUGAAACAAAAUGACGAGGAAAGUCUCGAGUGCCUCUCUAUUCUCCUCACCACCGCCGGCUAAGAGAUGGACUUUAAGAAGGCCAAGUACUUGAUGAUAAGAUUUAUUUGGGACCGAAUUUCGGGGGACGACGGCUGAACUGGAAGAACGGCUGCGAUGGAGAAACUAGCGCUAGAGCCACAUCCGGAGCAUCAGUAAAACUGGACGCAGUGCCAGACUCGACUACAA